AUGACGUCCGGCGCCCUGACGUUCGAUGUGCUCAAGGGCGCCGACGCUUACCAUCACUUCCGGCGUCCUCUCUCUUCCCGCCGUUUGGACCGGAAGAGACGGUGGGCUCCUCGAUUUUCCCGCCACGCCGCCAUCUUGUCCACCAACGAUGCCUCCAUCCACCUACCUCCGGCUUCCUCCUCCUCUCGCCGGGGAAAUCCUGGUGGUGCCGAUCCACUCACCCCGCUGUCGACCUCGCCGUCUGGACACCGGACUGGGUGA